AUGCGUCUAGCAUUAGCUGUGCGAAUACACUCCUAUAUACUACAUAGCGUCGUCCCGUCGUUUAUUAACAACUACGAUAACAAUAUUACCUAA